AACGAGAGAGAGUGAGACAAGGACAAACAAACAUAUUCAUAUAGGGAUAAGUAAGUUAGUAAGAUCUUCUGCAGAAGACUAUUGUUCAUCUUUGAGCUUUUGCUGGGUUCAUCAUAUAUCUGAGAAAUGAAGGAGAUGACCGGAGGAAGAAGAGCAGAGAGUUUGGCAUUUGCAGUGAAUGGAGAGAGAUUUGAGCUCUCAAGCGUUGACCCGUCAACCACUCUGCUUCAGUUUUUGCGUUCUCAGACUCCAUUCAAGAGCGUCAAGCUCGGCUGUGGUGAAGGUGGAUGUGGCGCUUGUCUUGUUUUAAUAUCCAAAUAUAAUCAUGUGUAGAACCAAGUUGAGGAUUUCACAGCAAGUUCUUGUCUGACGCUACUCUGCAGCGUACAUGGAUGUUCCAUAACUACAAGUGAAGGUCUUGGAAACAGUAAAGAUGGCUUCCAUCCGGUUCAUGAAAGAAUUGCAGGGUUCAAUGCUUCUCAAUGUGGAUUUUGCACUCCUGGAAUGUGUGUCUCUCUUUAUGGAACUCUUGUCAAUGCUGACAAAACACAUCGUCCUGAGCCUCUUUCAGUGUUCUCAAAAGCCACAGCUGUUGAGGCUGAGAGGGCCAUUGCUGGAAAUCUUUGUCGUUGUACUGGAUAUCGACCACUUUCUGAUGCUUGCAAGAGUUUUGGUGCUGAUGUUGAUUUAGAGGACCUAGGGUUAAACUCUUUUUGGAGAAAAGGAGAAAGGGAUGAUUUGAAGAAAAGUAGGUUGCCUAAAUAUGAUCGUCACCACAAACAGAGUAAAUUUCCUGAAUUUUUGAAGGAGAUCAAUCCUGAUCUGUUCAUAUCUUCUGAAAGGCAUAGUUGGCUCAGCCCCACAAGCCUAAAGGAGCUCCAAGGCUUAUUGGAAUCAAACAAUAAUGUUGGAACCAAGAUAAAGCUUGUUGUCAGUAAUACAGGAAUGGGUUAUUACAAAGAUACAGGAAGCUAUGACAAAUAUAUUAAUCUGAAGGGAAUUUCUGAGCUCUCAAAGAUAAAAAGGGAUCUGACAGGGAUCGAAAUUGGAGCAACCGUGACUAUAUUCAAGGCUAUUGAAGCUUUAAAGCCAAAGAGAAAAUGUGACCCUCUCUCGGACUUUGAUAUGAUACUUGAAAAACUUGCUGAUCACAUGAGCAAAAUAGCCUCAGGGUUUAUAAGGAACACAGCCAGUGUAGGUGGCAAUCUGGUGAUGGCACAGAAGAAUCAUUUUCCUUCUGAUUUAGCAACAAUACUCCUUGCUGUGGACACAAUGGUUCAUAUACUGAAUGGUAUAAAAUUUGAAUGGCUUCCACUGCAAGAAUUUCUGGAAAGGCCGCCAAUAGGAUUGGAAAGUGUGAUUUUAAGUAUUAAAAUUCCAAGUUGGGAAUCCAAUAAAAGUAAUCCUAAAAAGCACACGAGGAAAAUUCUCUUUGAAACUUUUCGAGCUGCUCCUCGACCGCUUGGAAAUGCGCUGUCUUAUUUGAACGCAGCUUUCUUGGUUGAGGUUUCUCCAGGAAAAGAUUCCGAAGAGAGUGUGAUAGAUAAUUGCAGGCUUUGUUUUGGAGCUUAUGGUACAAAACAUGCAAUAAGAGCAAGCAAAGUUGAGGAGCUACUGGUAGGAAGGAUAUUAAGUGCCAGUAUUGUAUAUGAAGCUAUUAACUUGCUUCCAACUGUCGUUGUACCUGAAGAAGGAACUUCAAGCAUCGCUUAUCGAUUAAGCUUGGCAGCUGGUUUUCUCUAUAAGUUCUUGAGCCCUUUGAUUGAUCAUUCCGAUGAAAAAUUAGGUUAUCACUCAAAUUCAUACACUAGUUCGUCAAUCAUUAGGGCUUUUAACAUAGAAGAGAAUAAGGGGCCAGUUCAUCAUGAUAAACCUCCUACUUAUCUAUCAUCUGGAAAGCAAGAGAUUCAAGUCGAUGAGGAGUAUCACCCUAUUGGCGAGCCAAUAAUAAAAUCAGGGGCAACGUUACAGGCUUCAGGUGAGGCUGUGUUUGUGGAUGAUAUUCCUUCACCAACAAAUUGCCUACAUGGAGCAUAUAUUUAUAGUACUAAACCUCUAGCAAGGGUAAAAAGCAUAAAGCUCCAGCAACAAGAUGGAGUGAGGGCAAUCAUUUCAAGUAAAGACAUUCCUGAUGGUGGGGAAAAUGCUGGUUCUAUGUCUCCGUAUGGUGUUGGUGAACCUUUAUUUGCAGAAGAGAUUGUUAAAUGUUUUGGUGAUCGUGUUGCCUUUGUGGUUGCGGAUACUCAGAAACUAGCAGAUAUGGCUGCAAACUCUACAGUUGUUGAGUAUGAUUUCAAGAAUCUCGAACCACCUAUUCUAUCCAUGGAAGAGGCUGUUGAAAGAUCUAGUCUUUUUGAAAUUCCUUCUACGUCAUAUCCACAAGAAGUUGGUGAUAUAUCAGAAGGAAUGACAGAAGCAGAUCACAAGAUCCUUUCUGCUGAGAUUAAACUUGGGUCCCAAUACUAUUUCUACAUGGAGACACAAACUGCACUUGCUAUACCAGAUGAAGACAAUUGCUUAGUAGUUUACACUUCAUGUCAAGGGCCAGAGUAUGCACAGUCUGUUAUUGCAAAAUGCCUAAAUAUUCGUGAGCAUAAUGUUCGUGUAAUCACAAGAAGGGUUGGUGGUGGUUAUGGUGGAAAGUUCACAAAAGCCUUUCCUAUUGCUACGUCAUGUGCACUUGCGGCGCAUAAAUUACGACGCCCUGUCAGAAUGUAUAUGAAUCGUAAGACGGAUAUGGUAAUGGCUGGAGGAAGGCAUCCUAUGAAGAUAACAUACAAUGUUGGAUUUAAAAAUAAUGGGAAGAUCACUGCUUUAGAACUCAAGAUAUUGAUAGAUCAAGGGAUAUAUCCUGAUCUAUAUGCAUAUGUUCCAACUACCAUAGUUAAUGCGCUUAAAAAGUAUGAUUGGUGUGCUCUGUCUUUUGAUAUAAAAAUAUGCAAGACUAAUCUUCCUACUAGAUCUAUAAUGAGAGCCCCUGGGGAUGUUGAAGGAUCAUAUAUUGCUGAAGCCAUAAUAGAACAUGUGGCAUCUACACUUUCAAUCGAUGUAGAUUCUGUAAGAAGCAUUAAUUUCCACACAUACAAAAGUCUAUGCACUUUUUACAAGGAUGCUGCAGGUGAACCUCUUGAAUAUAACCUAGUUUCUAUAUGGAAUAAAUUAGCUGUUUCUGCAAGGUAUGACCAGAGGAGAGAAACUGUGAAAGAGUUCAAUAGGAAUAACAUUUGGAAAAAGAGAGGUAUAUCUCGUGUGCCUGUUGUGGAUGAAAUAAGUGGAAGGCCGUCACCAGGAAGAACAAGUAUUUUAAAGGAUGGGUCUGUUGUUGUUGAAGUUGGAGGGAUUGAAGUAGGUCAAGGUCUGUGGACAAAGGUGAAGCAAAUGGCUGCAUAUGCUCUUAGUUCAAUCCAAUGUGAGGGAUCGCAAGACCUCUUGGAUAAAAUACGUGUCAUACAAUCUGAUUCAUUGAGCAUGAUUCAAGGAGGAUAUUCUGCCGGUAGUACUACAUCAGAGUCAAGCUGUGAAGAAGUUAGGCUUAGUUGCAAUGUCUUGGUUGGGAGAUUAAUGCCUUUCAACGAAAAGUUGCUGAAGGAAAUGGGUUCUGUCAAUUGGGAGACACUUAUUUCCCAGGCACACUCCCAAGCUGUGAACUUAUCAGCAACUUCAUUUUAUACCCCUGGCAAUGCCACCAACAGUUACCUCAAUUAUGGUGUUGCAGUGAGCGAGGUGGAAAUAGAUCUUAUAACAGGAGAAACGAUUGUUUUGCAAACGGAUAUUAUAUAUGAUUGUGGAAAGAGUCUCAACCCUGCUGUAGAUUUAGGACAGAUUGAAGGAUCAUUUAUGCAAGGAUUAGGGUUUUUCAUGCUUGAAGAAUAUGAAACAAAUCAUGAAGGAUUAGUCUUGCAAGAUGGAACAUGGAAUUACAAAAUCCCUUCAUUAGACACUAUACCUAAACAGCUCAAUGUGGAAAUUGUCAAUAGUGGAUAUCACAAGCAUCGUGUUCUCUCUUCAAAGGCUUCCGGUGAGCCACCACUACUUCUAGCAACUACGGCUCACUGCGCUAUUAGAGGAGCUAUCAAGGAGGCUAGAAAACAGCUUCAUUCAUGGAGAAACUCAGAUGAAAUUGAUAAACCAUUCCAAUUGGAUGUGCCAGCAACCAUGCCUGUGGUAAAGGAAUUUUGUGGAUUGGACGUUGUGGAAACAUACUUGAAAUGGAAAAUGGGCAAAAUGUGUGAAGGUUCUCAACUUCUCGGGAAAUAGAUUGGUGUGGAUUUCAUGUUUGGAAGAGGAGGGAAUGUGUACUGGUUUUUCGAAGUUUUAUGUGGGUCAUAUUUUCGUUUUAUUUUAAAUUAUAUAUUUUGGAAAAAAAAAAAUUGUUUGCUCCCCUCUGGUGUUUUCAAAAUAAUUUCAUAUCUUCGGAUAUUAAUUUAGCUGCAUGAUCAAAGAUAUUUUAGGGAGUUCUCCUUUUUCUUUGUUGCUUGUAAAUUUGAUGUUUUAUGUACCAGUUGAGACAUUAUAAAUAGGGAGAAUUUCAAAACAUG